AUGAGCGGCUACCUGCUGUGGGAUGAAUUACAUUCCAAAUUUUCCCAACGAUUGUCGCUCGGAACGACAAGGUUACAGGCCAUCGAUGGUUUCAUAUGUACACGUGAGUUUCCACAUGUGAACGACAAUAUUGAAACCCAGUCAGUCUUGACAUUGCCAUUGGGUACCAACAAACGAUAG